UAACUGAUUCCUACUCAACGUUAGCAUCUUCUGCAUUCUAAAAUCAAAAUCCAAGCGUCCUAAACAAUACCUUUCUUUCCAUCUUCCGGGGUCAAGUUUGUUUAUUUGGUUGUAGUUUUUAAGGAUAUAAAAGUAACAAAGGUUCAGAAGGGACAAAGUUGCAGGUUCCUAGCUUGUGAGUUGUGACUCUGGACCGGCAUAGAGACAAAAAAGAAACUUCCCCUCGGUUCCAGGGAAGGACAUUUCCUGCACUUCCAGACAAAGUAAAGAGUGACUGAGAGGACCCACACUCACAUCUUAUUAGUGUCAGUUGAUGCAUUCUCUCUUCUUUCUUUUUCGGGAUCUUCUUUUAUGAACCGGCAGUACUUUUCCUUUAGGAAAUUGCAUAUGCCACUCGUCCUUUCAUUGGGGUUACCAUACACUUGUCUUCAACAAUAAUUCUCUGCUUUUGGGUUAACAAAAGCAGCACCAUUGGGCUGGGAUCCCUUGUGAUGAUGCCUCUGGUUGGUAAUCUCUCCGACAAGUAUGGAAGGAAGGCUUUGCUUAUGGUCCCCAUGACUCUCACCAUCAUUCCUUUAGCUAUAUUGGCUUACAGCAGAACGAGGAGCUUCUUUUAUGCCUACUACGUUCUCAAGAUUCUCACUGCCAUGUUUUGUGAAGGAAGCGUCCACUGCCUAUCCCUCGCUUACGUGGCAGACAAUGUUCCGGAAGGGCGAAAAGCAUCAGUUUUUGGGAUCCUAUCUGGCAUUGGAUCUUGUGCCUUUGUCUGCGGAACUCUGUCCACCCGUUUUCUCUCUAAUGCCUCCACUUUCCAGGUUGCGGCAGCAAUGGCCACGCUGUCAGCGGUUUACAUGAGGAUUUUCCUCCCGGAUUCGAUCAUAAAUGACAAUCUUUCUACUCCAAUUAUCUCGGGAGGGAAACUUGAUGGUAUUGUUAAUCCGGAUGAGUCAGGCAAGAAAAUACAGAUGUUUAAAACUAUGCCUUCAAUAGAGGAUAUGCUUGCCUUGUUGAAGAGCAGCUUGACGUUUUCGCAAGCAGCAAUUGUUUCAUUUUUCAGCAAUCUUGCUGAUGUGGGCCUCCAUGCUUCAUUAUUGUACUAUUUAAAGGCCAGGUUUCACUUCAACAAAGAUCAGUUUGCUGACUUAAUGGUCAUUACUGGAGUUGCAGGGACAAUAUCCCAGCUGCUUCUUAUGCCCAUACUAGUUCCUGUUUUCGGGGAGGAGAGAUUGCUGUCAAUAGGGCUUUUCUUUAACUGUGCACAUAUGAUCUUCUAUAGCAUUGCUUGGUCCUUCUGGGUAUCUUAUGCAGCAGCUGUGUUCGCCUUAUUCUAUGUUUUUUCACAGCCAUGCAUACGGAGCAUCGUAUCUAAACAAGUUGGGCCCUGUGAGCAGGGGAAGGCUCAAGGGUUCAUUUCAGGCAUAGGUUCCUUUGCCAAUGUUGCUUCUCCCUUGGUUUUCUCUCCUCUAACAGCUUUGUUCCUGUCAGAAAGAGCACCAUUUUAUUUCCCUGGUUUCAGUAUUAUGUGUGUUGGUUUUGCCUCGAUGAUAGCCUUUGUCCAGAGUCUGAUGAUGAGAGCCAUUUCUCCAAUUUCAAGUCAAAGAGUUGGCAACUGCAACCACAUGGAAGCCUAGCAAGGAAUGUGUGUUCCAAACCCUGAAUCAUUUCUUACUGGACCUUGUUAUUAUUUUCGAAACUCUUUCAACAGUACGUAUAUAUUAAUUAGUAGUAACCGCUAGAAAUGUUUCAGUAGAAUUUCUUAAGUUGAAAUGGUCCUUUAUAGCUAUGCAAGCUGAAGCUUUCCAACCAUUUCAAUUGGUAUUAUAUAGAUAUGGAGCUUGCUCGAUCGUUGCUGCAGAAAGGAGCCUGCUCAUAGUACUAAUGUUUUAUAUCAUUCAAAGCGAGAACAUCCCUUGAACUUUGUAUAAUAAUUAGGAUUAAGUAGUAGCUAGAGAGAGACAACCAGGUUGGCUUGGCAUGAAAUGAAAUGAAGCUUUCUUGCAGAAGAAAUGCAAGAACUGGGGUCAUAAGCAAAUAUAAGGAUAUUUUUGUGGAUUUUUUUCACAUUCAUCACAAAAAGUGUGAAAACUUGAUGAAAAUGGGUAAGUAAAGCUUCACUCCAUACUCCAUACGCCGACCAAAAAAAAAAAAUGCUUCACUCCUUGGGUAGUCAUGGAUUUGGUGGCAUUAAUUGUAAUUUGUUCUCAACCGUCGGCUCUGACGGUGCCACCACGUGGCUGACAACUAUGAAAUUGUUGAAGCCCAUCCUUUCCAUCAGUUCAGUUUAUCCCUCAACGCCACACAUUUGUGAAACAGGUAGCUUGACCAUAACUCACAUCUUUAAGCAUAAUUUCUUCAAAUAUGCUUCCAUAAAUGGUGCUCUCUUUGCUUCUUCCAACUUAAUUUUGAUUGAAUUUGAUCUGAUUA